AUGACAGCUACUUCGUCGCCCGAGGGCAUUGUUGCUCACAUGAACAAAUCACACAAACUUGCUUUGGAAGACUACCUUUAUGCGUAUGGAAGCGUACGCUUUACUGAUAAAAUAGCACAUGUAAGGCUAGAAAACAUAGAUCUGACGCAUAUGACCCUCCAGUUCAACCACUUCGACGUAGAAUUCGAAAUUGAAAAGGUUAUUCUGCUCGAGCCACCCCUCAAAGAUUGGUCAGAAGCUCGCCCAAGGCUGGUGGAAAUGGCCGAAACUGCGGCUGCUAAGCGAGGCUACUCUCACGUCCAGAUUAACGAAAUCAGUCAUCCUAAGGGCCUUGGCGACUAUGCGUUUAUUAUGCUGGUGUUCUUCCCGCUAGCAUGCUAUUAUUACCGAAGAUUGCUCGAGUACGUCCCCUUCAUAGGUUCCUAUUUCAACAAUGGGGCACUGCUUCUUGGAAUCGAAAUCGCUGCUUUUGCCAUUCACAUCGCAGAAUGUGUCUAUGUUUUGAAGCCCAGGCUAGAGUUUUACAGAGUCCCCACAGAUUUCCUCAUCGAAUGGUACUUUUUUGGCAUGUUGGAGGGGUAUCCUGCAGUUAGAAGGUUUGACCAACUAGUAAAGGAGAAAAUUUAA